AUGUCCAUCAGGCCCUCCCUGGAGGACAUCUACACCUCCCGCUGCCUCAGUAGAGCCAAAAACAUUAUCAAGGACAGUUCACACCCCGGCUUUCACCGGUUCAACCUGCUGCCCUCCGGCAGGCGCUGCAGGCUGGAGGGAACGGAGGAUAAGUUCAGGAACAGAGAGAGUCGUCAUGAAGAUCUGCAAGUCAUCGCUGAGCUGAAGGACAUGGUGUCAGAGAGGGAAUCCCUCGUCAAGAAACUGGUGAAAUCUGAACAUUGGAUAAAGCCAGGUUCAAAGGACGAUAAGAAGUACUACCAGCUGGAACUCGUCAACAGGGAGACGAACUUCAACAAAGUGUUCAACGCCAGUCCCAACGUAGGAGUGAUCAACCCGCUCAUUAAGCAAAAGAAAAAGAAUGAAAAGGCGGCAGGCAGCAGAUUCAGCAGCUCUCCUAGUGUCAGGGCUCUGGAGGCGGCGGGUUCAGGAAGUGGGCCGCAGCCCCCCCAUCCUCCGCCCCCCCUCCCAGCCCAGCCCGGCCGCCUAGAGCCCCUCCCCAACUCCCCCCUCCACCACCUUGAACUCAACUCCAACAAACCUCUUCCCCCGCCGACCCCUCCCACCGAACCCAAGAAAUUCAUGAGCCCUCCUGAAACGAAGGACUCAGCCAUCGAGUCCCCGGACGCCCAGCGCCAGGAGUGGUUCGCUCAGUACUUCUCCUUCUGAUCGACCACCAACCCGCAACACACAAGGAUUCAGCAUGUCAACCAAACUUUGAGAAAAAUGUACAGAAAAACAAGCGAAGAAGAAAAAAAAAGCGGAAAAUGUUAAAAACUAUUUGUUCUUUAUUGUCAUGGAGAGAUUUGGGGAUCAAUUCACUUUAACUUCAGCCAAUUAGGACUUCAUUCUCAUUCAUUUGCUAAAAAAACAAUGUAAAUAUCAUCCACUUCCUGUUGACUGAAGUAGAAGUAAAGUGACCAUCAAAUCCCAUCACUCUGAUCUCAUUUGAUUGUUUAAUUAUUGAUUGUUUCACUGUGGGCGAGUUUUUCUCUUAGUACAGUGACAAUGAUCAUCCGUAUGUUUGAUGUUUUCUUUUCUUUAACUUCCUAACUUAUUUUGCAGUCUCUUGGAACUAGAAAAAAAAUGCGUGGUGCAUUAUCAUGCUGCUAAUUGCCAUUGUUGGACUACAGUGAGAAAUAAAUAUAUAUAAAGAAA